UAAUAACUAAACAUAAGCUUUUACACUAUUUCUCUAAUCAUCAUCUUAAUACUAAUCUCCUAUAGAAUCCAAAUACUCAAGAAAAACCUACAAAGGAGAAAAACAAAUUUCCCCACAAUUAAAUCCUUUAAAAACCAUAUCUUUAAGUUUUAACUAUUACUAAUUUGAAUACGUACUUCUAGUCGAAUAUCUUGUAUUGUCAGUUCUAAAUGUAUCCAAUUAAGUAUUAUUAUUAGUUUCAUUAUUUCUUUUAUUAUCAAUUUCCUAUUAUUACAAUUAUAUCUAUUUUUAUUAUUAUUAUCUUUAAGAUAAAUUGACUUCUUCAUCUUUUAUUUAUUCUAAAGUAACUUCAUAUAAACUAUGUAAAGCAUAUUCCCAUCCAUUUCUUUUUUUAAUGCUAAAAUAUUAAGUCUAUUUUCCAAUUUUUAAAAUCAUAAUAACAUUCCAGAAUUAAUUAUCGAUUAAAAUAAUUUCAUUAUCAUUAAAAAACUAUAAUAAUUAUUAAAAAGCCAAACUUAAUUUUAAUAAUUAAAAUUAAAUUUUCGGUGUAGUAAAUUCUUUCAAUCCAUAUUAUUUUUCCAAUUAUUCGGCAUCAUAAUAAUUUAUAUCAGUUCUUUUGGCGAUAAUUUAACUUAUUAAAAUUACUUGGCUUAAUGAUUAUAAUAAACCUUAACAUCCUUCUUAUAAAUAAUGAAUUAAUGCAACUGAUAAUGAGUUCUUUUUUGGAUUAAAAUCUUUUAGUCUAUCUAAUAAUUGUAUUUGGUUAAAAUCUGGUUAUAAACGGGGAAUUGUUGU